CUAAACCCCUUCUCUCUGCAACUCAAACUCAAGUCAGAGAAAUGGCUUUCACUUCCAUUCUUCGCAAGUCCGGUUCUUCUUUGGCCCCACUCGCAACUCGACUUGUUCGUGGCCAGGGAAAUUACCAUCAUGCCCUCUUCACUGCCAAAACCCACUCCAAUUUUUCUAACAGUCACAGUCCCUCAUUUCUGAGCCCUUUGGUUCCCAACCUUCACUACUCUUCUGCUUCGAAGAAGCCCAGCUCUGAUGAGACCCUUUUACGAGUGAUUCAGUCAGAGAUUCAAUGCUUGCAGGAGACUGAUGAUCAUGAUCGGGUUGAACAGAUUCCAAGUGAUUUUCCUUUCAAAAUUGUGGAUAAUCCAGGACUUCAAACUCUAACACUGAAAAGAACUUAUCAAGGUGAAGAGAUAGAAGUUGAAGUUCACAUGCCCGAUCUAGUUACUAGUGAAAAUGAUGAUGAUCCUGAUGGGGAUGAUAGUGAAAAGGCUAGUCUAUCUAGCUUGCCACUGGUUGUUUGUGUCUCUAAGAAGAAUAGACGUAGUUUAGAGUUUAAUUGCAUUUCUUACCCUGAUGAAAUUGAGAUUGACAGCUUGGCAGUUAAACGUCCAGGAAUUUCUGAGGAUGAGAUUGCCUAUAAGGGCCCUAGCUUCAAUGAUUUGCCUCACCUGCGGAAGCCUUUCAAGAGGUACUUAAAACUAAGAGGAAUCAAGCCCAGCACAAUUAAGUUCUUGCAUGAGUACAUGAUCAAUAAGAACAGUAAAAAAAAAUUGAUAUGGAUGAAGAAACUUAAGAAGUUCAUUGAAAGCCUUUUAUGUAAGGCCUAUAAUAGUUACACUUGGUCUUUAGCAACUAGUCGUGUUGGCCCUGUUGGGGCUUCUCUGCAAGUCGGAGAAAUGGCUUUCACUUCCAUUCUUCGCAAGUCGGCUUCUUCUUUGACCACACUCGCAAGUCAACUCGCUCGUGGCCAGAGAAAUUACCACUGUGCCCUCUUUACAGCCAUAACCCACUCCUCUUUGAGCCCUUUGGUUCCCAACCUUCACUACUCUUCUGUUUCGACUAAGCACAGUUCUGAUGAGACCCUUCUACCUGUGAUUCAGUCUAGGAUUCAAUGCUUGCGGGAGACUGAUGGUCAUGGCCGGGUUGAACAGAUUCCAAGUGAUUUUCCUUUUGAAAUCGUGGAUAAUCCAGGACUUCAGACUCUAACACUGAAAAGAAAAUACCAAGGUGAAGAGAUAGAAGUUGAAGUUCACAUGCCUGAUAUAUUUACUGGUGAAAAUAAUGAUCAUCAUGAUGGGAAUGAUAACAGUGAAAAGCCCAGACUAUCUAUCUUGCCACUAGUUGUUAGUGUCUCUAAGCAGAUAAAACCUAGUCGAAAUGAACGUUUAGGUUUUUACCCAUAUAGGCUUGAGUAUGGUGACAAACGUCUAGAGUUCAGUUGCAUUUCUUACCCUGAUGAAAUUGAGAUUGACAGCUUCGUAUUUAAACUUCCUGAAAUUUCUGAUGAUGAGAAUACCUAUGAGGGCCCUAGCUUCGUUGAUUUGGAUAAGGACCUGCAGAAGGCUUUCAAGAGGUAUUUGAGAAUAAGAGGAAUCAAGCCCAGCACAUUUAAUUUCUUGCACGAGUACAUGAUCAAUAAGCACGGUAAAGAAGAUUUGAUUUGGAUGAAGAAACUUAAGAAGUUCUUAGAAGCCUGAACUUUUGCCUAAUACAGCAACUUUGGUAGAAGAGAACUCGAAGACGAAGUUUGGAUUAUUUGUUUUCUUAUGCAUAGAGGUAUACUGUUGCUGCAAUUUAUUUACAGUACCUAUCAUGUAAAAGAGUAUGAUAGUUACACACUUGGUCAUUAACAAAUAGUUGUGGCAUGAAAAACUAAUCUAGUUUGACAUUAUGCAGGCUUGUAUUUGAAAAGUUGGUUAAGUUGCUUUGAUAUAAAAAUGAAGGUGUUGUUUCAAUUAAA